AUGUUUGAUCCAAUCCAAGACACGCAGAUCCAUGCAAAGGACGCUCGACCACAACCACAUCCGCUUCGGUUCCCAAGGGCCACUACGUAUCCGCCCCAACUCACAGAAAACGAUAAAGACUACACGGGCGUAGAUGAGACGAACGUCAUGAAGUACAACAGUGGUGUCGGAUCCAGCGUAGUCGAUGCCAAGGGCGAGGGGUACUACACCCUCAAGGGAACAGAUAAGACCUUCGUGGUUGAGGCACGUACCGAUUUUGGGGGCAGCGGGGUGAACCCGUACCGAGCUGAUAUCUACUUCAAUGGCAUGUCGACGCACAAUUCGGCGCGAACACGAUCACAGAAUUCCAGGCCCCCGGUUGACAAUGAGCGGGAAACUUUGUGCUUGCUGGUGAUGAAACUCUGGGAUACUGGCCGAGCUUCCCACGACGCCGGAAUGAGCAAGAUGAACGGCGAAAGCGCCUUGGUAUCGGCGUCGAAUGUUCUUACGCAGCUAUUUGGCAUCGGUGAUCAACUACGAAAGGGAUCGCGUUACUUUGACGUCCGGCCCGUCCAAGGGAAAGGAGGCGAAUACCUGAUGGGCCAUUACAAUUGGCCUAACUCGCCACAUCUCGGUGCAAAUGGGCAGUCUCUGCAAGAAAUCAUCGGCCAAAUCAAUGCUUUCACUGCAAUUAACCCUGAACUUAUCAAUCUAUACCUAUCCCACGCCCUCGACACGGACAAUGGUUAUGUAGUGCUGAACGACGUGCAAUGGGACAAGGUCUACGACAUAUUCGAAGGCAUUACCCAUCGCUGUCCGCCCUGCAAUGAUGCAAGAAACACCUUUCUGGUCACGCAAUGA